AUGGGCUGUGGAUGUUCUAAGUCAGCCAAAGCUAUAGAUCCCAAAAAGAUAAAACUAAAAGACAAAGACAAAGGAACAGACAAAGGAGAUUUACCUGAAAGUUUCGAAGAAUAUCAAGAAGAAAUGUCAAAAAUCUAUAUAGCCCGAUCUCUAAUUUGGAUCAUACUUGUCUGACGUCUUCCGAAGUUAAUAGGAAGUUGUGAUGUCACGAGCAUUUCCGCUCCGAAAAUUGAACAAAUCGUCUGCCAUUAUGAGAAGCUCUUCUCACCCAUAAUAUGUCAUUGCCACUGCCUGACUCAACUCCUGCGCAUGCUCUGCCUAAGGUUAUACUCCUCGGAUCUGCUGAUUGGUAAACUUUGAGCCUCUGGUUGCACUGUGGAGCAGUUCCUUUGAUUAUCCCCAAACUUAAACCGUUGUUGAUAUGCAGAAAUCUUAGGAGAAAAUCAAACCCCAUAAAUAAAAUCCCGUGAAUUAGCAAAUUUCAAUUCCCUCAAGCCAAAUGCCAUUUUAUUUAUCCAAAAAUCUAUAACAUCCCUGUAAAUGAACUGAAAUUAGUUGACGAAAACGGAAAUCCAAUUAACAGCGAAAACUACGAUGAGUUCAAAAACUCUUCAACAGACAAGCCUUUUACAUAUGGUGGACAUAAUGAUCAAUAUAAAAACAAAGAAAAACCGAAAGCUUUUGUAUAUGGGCCCAAAAAAGUUCAAACAAGAUACAUGAAAAAUAAAGUAGCUGCAAGGAAUAGGCCUGAAUAUUUGGAAAAGCCGCAGGAGUAUUUGGUUGAUAUAGAUGCAGGAUAUGUAGAAACUUAUAAUUUCAAGUCAAACUUGCAGUCAGUUUUUAACAAUUCUUUAAUUUCUGCUGGAUCCAGAGCUGUUUACGUCCCUCCAAACUUCGCUAUAAUUUCUGGAGGCAAAGAAAUUCCGAAUAGUAGCUAUUCGAUUGAUUUAAUAUCAGGAGAAAUGAAUAGGCUAGACAAUAUGUUUGAAGGCAGAGAAUACCACGCUAUGGCUUAUUUAGGAGGAAUUGUAUAUGUAACAGGGGGGAGCUCUUAUCAGGACUUGGAUUCUUGCGAAAUGUAUAUUAGAAAUAAGUGGGGAAAUGGCCCAAAGAUGAAUAGAGCAAGAAGUUGGCAUACUGCAUGCCCACUUGGAGGAUGUAUUUAUGUAUGUGGAGGAUUAAAAGAGAAUAGUAUAGAAAGAUUAGAAAGAGAUAAAUGGGUACUAUUAAACGUAAAAAUCCCUUUCCCAAUCAACAGAAUAGGAAUGGCCCCACUUAGUGGGGUCAGUCUGAUUCUUGCAGGCGGGGAAAGGACAGGAAUCAGCUACAAUACAAGAUGCUGAGAAUUCAUUAUUGACAGUGACCAACUCGAAGAAAUCACAGAACUGCCUGAAUUUGUAUGAUUUUUCGGCCCAGGAACACAUUUCAAUAAAGAAGCAGUUCUUUAUUGCAUGGGGAAAGUGUAUUAUUAUAACCCAGAACAGAGAGUUUGGAGGAUUUUAGGAUAA